AUGCAUACCUUUCUAGAAUGCCAUAUUAAUAAAUAUGAAACAAUAAUUGCUUUUAUCUUUUCACUGGGCCUCUUUUUCCAGUCGGCUAGUAUUGCAUUUCCCAGCCCUGCGGCCUCUGCCUCCGCCCAUCUGGUGUCACAUCCAUCCUCUGCCUCCGCCGCGGCCGUAACGACUCCCGCACACGCGGCUGCGGCUGCAGCUGCUCUUAUCUCAGGUCAGAUGCAACAGGCCUCAAGUCUCUCAGUGUUACCUGGCUUGGCUCAGGCCCAAGCCCAAACACAAGCAGUCCAACAACAACAACAGCAACAACAGCUACAGGCGCAUCAUCACCAACAGCAGCAGCAGAAGCAGCAUCAGCAACAACUGCAGCAGCACUAUCAGACUAUACAACAGCAUCAUCAGCACCAGCAACAACAGCAACAACAAUAUGCUGCUGCCGCUGCCGCAGCUGCAGCCAUGGCGAUGAAUGGCGUGCAGCAACAACAUCAACAACAACAUCAAUUGCAGCAGCAACAGCAGUCUCAACCAGCAUCCUCUCUUAUUCAUAAUCAAUCUCAGCCCUUCAUUUAUACAGCCCAAUCCGUGCAACCGGCUUUCCUCCAUCCACAGGCUGCUGCCGCAGCAGCCGCCUACCAAGCAUAUUUGCACCAACCUUCUGGUAGUCAAUUUUCUGCACACUCAGCCUUCACUGCCCACCACCAUCAACAACAGCAACAACAGCAGCAGCAGCAACCUCAGCAUCAUCAACAACAGACGCAUCCUCUACAUCAACACCAUAUUCAGCAAAAUCAACAGCAACAACAGCUACAGCAGAUUCAUCAUCAUCAUCAGCAGCAGCCCACUAGUCUCAGUCUUUUCUAUCCCACCACAGCUGCAAGCGCAUCAGCCAAUGUUGCCGCUGUUGCCGCUGCAGCGCAUUUGUCAGCAGCUGCAGCUGCUGCUGCUGCUUCGGCAGAGCAUCAGCAACAGCAUGCACAUCAAGUGCAACAGCAGCAGCAACAAACACAACAGCAGCAACAACAAGCACAGCAACAUCAGCAACAGCUUCAUAAGCAAACUGACUCCUCUCUUGCUGCAAGUCAACAACGUCAACAGCAGUUAUUGCUUCAGCAGCAACAACAACAACAUCAGUCUGCAACACAGGCCAUUUCUGUCUCUUUGGCUAACACGCCUGGUCUUAUUACAACUACUGCAAGUGGUGUUGCAGUAACAAGGUAA